AUGUCCAAAGCUAGCAAUGACAAAACCCCAAAUGAUGGUCUCGCCAAUUCUAUCCACACCCCAGGUAACUCCACAAUAGAUCAAACUAUGAGCGCCCCUCAGAGCCCCACCACCAACCACGCUCCCACAUCUGAGGAACAAGCCAUCCUAGUGCACCUAGCACUGGCAGACAUGAACAGAUCUGUGUUAAGCCAAAACGGCACAAACCAUAGCACAACCCUCCUCCCCCAGUUCACCCCACCUCUGAAUGGGGGAUUCCCAAAAGUGCACAUGUCACACUCCACACAAAUUUUUGACCAUCUCGAUAACAGGGUUCUGCUCACCUGGUUCCAGGUUGAGCAGCCUAAAUUCAUGGACCGGGUAUUUGAUCACUCCAGAAGAGACAUAGCUGAACGAGCCACCAUCAUAGUGGAACAUGUCCAUGCCAACAUCACUACCAUAGCAGAGUCCACUCACCAUGAUGCCCUUCCAGUUCACGUUUUUCCUCCACAACCCCAAGGUGGCAAGGGAGCAAAAAACUUCCCAAUAGGAUUCUUGGUCCACAGAGUAUCCAACGAGACCAAGAACCUACUGCUGAACCAAUGCAUAUGGUCCAUGACAGAUUUAACUUUCGAAGCCCUUCCAUUUAAUUGCACACACCCCCCAGAACUCCUCUUCGGCUCAACUGGCUUCACAACCUUAGACAUAGUAACCAUCCUACAAGCCAUCUCGGAAACCUGGACCCAAGACAACAACCGUUACUGCAUUGAAGAAUUCUUCUCAAAAUGCAGCCUUCCUGAUGAUGAACUGAUAUAUAAGGCAACCCAAGACUUCAUCACGUCAUGCCACGUCAAGCUUCUUGACUUCAAAAUAACAGGAGGCCUUUUAGUCCCCCACUUCAACAUUCUCACAACCAGCCCCACCAACGAUGCAAAAACCUGGACUGACCUCAGAAGUUACCUAAGCACUCUCAACUACCCUACCAGCCUUGAUGGUUACAGAACUGUGACGGCACUCUUCACAUGUCAAAUAUGUCACUCCCUCACCCACCCACAAGGACUCUGCCUGUUCCCACUUGUCCCCCACUGGAACGGCCUGAAAGUAGGCAACAGGAAUAAUAACAACACACCACAUCAGAUAGGGAGGGCUAGAGGCAGCAGACCCGGACAAAAUAUCUGA